AUGGAUGAGGAUGAAGUGGUGCUUUUGGGGUUCUGGACUAGUCCUUAUGUCAUGAGAGUGAAAAUUGCUUUGGCAGAGAAGGGAGUCCACUACUACUAUAUGGAAGAAGGAAAUCUUUUCAAGAAUAAGAGCACUUUGCUUCUGAAAAUGAACCCAGUGUUUAAGAAAGUUCCAGUUAUCAUCCAUAAUGAUAAGCCCAUUUGUGAAUCCCUCAUCAUCCUUCAAUACAUUGAUGAUGUUUGGAAUGACAGAGCUCCAAUACUCUCAGAGGAUCCUUAUCAGCGAGCUAAAGCAAGGUUUUGGGUUGAUUUUUUUGACAAGAAGAUGGCAGACUGUGGGAGAAGGAUGUGGGCUAGCAAGGGAGCAGACCAAGAGGCAGCAAAGAAAGAGUUCGUAGAAAGCUUGAAGCUGUUAGAAGGCGAGCUUGGAGAGAAGCCCUACUUUGGAGGCGAUCGCUUCGGCCUCUUGGAUAUUGCCCUGAUACCAUUCUCUUGCAGGUUUUACACAUAUGAGACUCUUUGCAAUUUCAGCGUAGAGAAAGAGUGCCCCAAGCUCAUCGAGUGGGUGAAAAGGUGCAGUCUGAGGGAGAGUGUUUCCAAGAGCCUUCCUGACCAAUAUAAAGUCUAUGACUUUGUGUUGGAAUUAAUUAGUAACAAAAGUUAA